AUGUCGUCCUCUCAACUCACCGUUCAUCACCUACGUCGAUCUCAGUCCGAGAGGGUGGUCUGGCUAUGCGAAGAACUCGGCAUUCCCUACAACCUGAAGUCGUAUGACAGAGAGCCUCCCGCCUUGCUUGCCCCGGAGGAGCUCCGCAAAAUCCACUGGUCUGGAACUGCGCCUGUCAUUGAGGAUGCAGGCGUGGUCCUUGCCGAAUCAAACGCCAUCUUCGAGUAUAUUCUCACAAAAUACUCCAACGGGCGCCUGUCUCUGCCCCCGACUCACCCGCAAUAUACCGAUUACGUCUUUUGGCUUCAUCGAGCGAACGGAGCCGUGCAGCCUGGACUCAUCACUCUGCACUUCUCUCGUGUUGGUGGCAAGUCAGAGGACAGCCUAGAGUCUAAAUUCGCACAAAAGCGUGUGGAUCGGGACUUCAAAGCCAUGGACGCCCAGCUGGCCAAAUUCCCAUAUUUAGGCGGCGAUGAGUUCACUGCUGCCGAUUGUAUCUCGGUAUUUUCCCUGACUACUUUCCGUCUCUUUUCUGGUUCCUCCCUUGAGGGGUACCCGAACAUUGUGGGGUAUUUGCAGCGGAUCUCAGAACGCGAGGGAUAUAAGCGUGCUAUGUCGAAGGGAGAUCCCGGGCUGGAGCCCGUUAUAUGCGCCCAUGCUCCAAGGGACACUCUUUGGUAA